GAGGGAGAAAUGUUGUGGAGUUGAUCAGUGUUGACGCAGCUGUCGCGAAGGAAGGUUGGGUACGCUCGUCCUCUGGUGCAUCACUUCUGCUCUCCAUUGUUUAUUUAUUCUUAAAAUCGAACUACAGUUACUUCUGUGUUUAUUGACGUGAACACUAAGAUGAGGGUCUUGGCAGCAUCAGUGUUAGUGGCCAUUCUGGCUUCAGCAUCUGCAGUGUCUUUCUUCUCUGUUGUCUUGGAAGAGUGGGAAGCCUUUAAGCUUGAGCAUGGCAAGAAAUAUGAGACAGAUGUGGAAGAAUCUUUCCGUAUGAAAAUCUAUACUGAAAAUAAGCAUGCGAUUGCAGCACACAAUAAGUUGUAUGCUACAGGGCAGAAGUCAUACAAGCUUGGCAUGAACAAAUAUGGUGACAUGCUUCCUCAUGAAUUUGUGUCGACAAUGAAUGGCUUCCAGUGGAACCACACAGGCAACUACAGGUCUGGCCGCCUCUACACUGGUGCAACAUUCAUUGAGCCAGAUGAUGAUGUUAUCCUGCCACAGAGUGUUGACUGGAGGGAUAAAGGAGCUGUGACACCAGUCAAGGACCAGGGUCAAUGUGGCUCCUGUUGGUCAUUCUCAGCUACUGGAUCACUGGAAGGUCAACACUUCCGCCAGACUGGUAAACUGGUGAGCCUCUCUGAGCAGAACCUGAUUGACUGUUCUACCAAGUAUGGCAAUAAUGGCUGCAAUGGUGGACUUAUGGACUAUGCCUUCCAGUACAUUAAGGAAAAUGGUGGAAUUGACACCGAAGGAGCAUACCCAUAUGAAGCUGAGGAUGACAAAUGUCGGUAUAACCCACGCAAGUCUGGUGCUGAAGACACUGGCUUUGUUGAUAUUCGUGAGGGAAGUGAAGGGGCUUUGAAGAAAGCUGUUGCUACUGUUGGACCUGUUUCUGUUGCCAUUGAUGCUUCACAUAGUUCAUUCCAGUUUUACAGUCAUGGUGUUUAUGAUGAACCAGAAUGUAACUCAGAGCAGCUGGACCACGGUGUCCUGGCUGUGGGUUACGGCACUACCGAGGACGGCACUGACUACUGGCUGGUCAAGAAUUCUUGGGGCACCACUUGGGGUGAUGAAGGCUACAUCAAGAUGAGUCGAAACAAGCAUAACCAGUGUGGCAUUGCUACUGCUGCCUCUUACCCUCUUGUAUAGGGAAACAAAUGUUAAAGCCUUCACUCGCACUCCAUAUAUAUUUGAAGUUGUUCACAAAAUUUGUAUAGGUUUCUGAAGGCAUGAUCAUUUUAAAAAGAAACUUGUGUGCAUGUUUCAUAGUUGGCGAUGUUUAACUCUGUGAGGAAUAGAGUAGCAAUUAAUAACCUAAUUUGAAAUUUUUUUCAUUUGCUGCAGUGAGAGCACACUGCUAAAAACUUAAAUUUUUUUAAAGGUGUCAUACUUAAAUAGCUUAAUUUUUUCUGCAUAUCUGGAGUACCAUGUUUUAAUUUGACAUACAGAAUUGGAGCAUUGUAAUUUAUUGUUUUGCUCGUCUGUAGCCGAAGUUUUACAUAAAUUUGGUUAGUUACUAGAUAAUUAACUUGUGAAUGUUAUACAAAUUGUUUGUUAGUAUAUCAAAUAUAAGGUCAUGCAUAGCUGGUUAAUAUUUCCUUUUUGACUUUGACUGAACAUAUUUUUUUAUCCAGGAUUAUUACCAUCAUUUCAUGGCUUUGAAUGAGAGGUGUAAAUGGUUCAUUUGUGAGCUUGUCUGUGAAUAUUAGCAAGCAGUAUGUGCAAGUUGUUUUCUUAAUUUUUCUUAAUAAACUUGUACUGUUAGAA